UAGUCCAGGAGUUCUGGAAAGAGAUCUGGAUAGACAGACAGUCAAUUGACCGCACGGCUGCAACCCUCACUCUUUCUACCAUCUCGAGCAGGAAUAUAAACCUCUCAUCAGAUCUAUUUGGCUGCUGUUGAAGGAAACAGAGGAACUUCUCUGUGUUUUUGAGUGGUUCUGAGCACCUGCCUGUGUCAAAAUGAGUGACACUCUGCUGGAUGAUGAGUCCUUCAUGUUCACUUCGGAGUCUGUCGGAGAGGGACAUCCAGACAAGAUAUGUGACCAGAUCAGUGAUGCUGUCCUGGAUGCUCACCUGAAACAGGACCCAGAUGCCAAGGUUGCCUGUGAGACGGUGUGUAAGACUGGCAUGGUGCUGCUGUGUGGAGAGAUCACGUCCCGGGCCAAUGUAGACUACCAGAAGGUUGUCAGAGACACGAUCAAACACAUCGGCUACGACAACUCAGACAAAGGUUUUGACUAUAAGACAUGCAAUGUGUUGGUGGCUCUGGAGCAGCAGAGUCCAGACAUUGCUCAGGGUGUCCACAUCGACAGGAAAGAGGAGGAUAUGGGAGCUGGAGACCAGGGUCUGAUGUUUGGCUAUGCUACAGACGAGACAGAGGAGUGCAUGCCUCUCACCAUCGUCCUGGCUCACAAACUGAAUUCCAAGAUGGCCGAACUCAGACGCAACGGAACCAUCCCCUGGCUCCGCCCCGACUCUAAAACACAGGUGACGGUACACUAUGAGCAGGAGAAUGGGGCAGUGAUCCCUAUAAGGGUCCACACCGUGGUCAUCUCUGUUCAACAUGAUGACUUCAUCGGCCUGGAGGAACAGAAGAAGGUGCUCAAGGAGAUGGUGAUCAAGGCAGUGGUUCCAGCUAAGUAUCUGGAUGAUAAGACCAUCUACCAUCUGCAGCCCAGUGGACGCUUCGUCAUCGGAGGACCCCAGGGUGAUGCUGGAGUGACGGGUAGGAAGAUCAUCGUUGAUACGUACGGAGGCUGGGGGGCCCACGGUGGUGGAGCUUUCUCUGGUAAAGACUUCUCCAAGGUGGACCGCUCGGCUGCCUAUGCUGCCCGCUGGGUGGCCAAGUCCCUGGUCACGGCCAAACUGUGCAGGAGGGUGCUGGUUCAGGUAUCCUAUGCCAUCGGAGUGGCCCACCCUCUGUCCAUCUCCGUGUUCACCUACGGCUCGUCACAGAAGUCUGAGAGAGAGCUGCUACAUAUUGUCAACAAGAACUUUGACCUACGACCUGGUGUCAUCGUCAGGGAACUGAACCUGAAGAGGCCAAUCUACCAGAACACAGCGUGCUACGGCCACUUUGGCCGGAGUGAAUUCACCUGGGAAGUCCCUAAAGAGCUCACCUACUAAACACCCCCUCCUGGGUGGUCAAAUAUAUAACGAGCUGAUGUGGAGAUCGAAAACAGGCCCCCUCUACAGGCUACAACCACAAAUGGUUCUGCUUUUUCAUUGGCUAGUGUUGAGGUUAAAGGGAUAGUUCGGGAUUUUGGCAACGAGGCCCUUUAUCUACUUCCGCAGAGUCAGAUGAACUUGAUUAUGCUAGCAGAUCCCCAUAGACUUUCAGUCAUUGCGCUAACGCUAGUUAGCAUUCCCUCAUGAAACUAUCUCUACCAUUUUUACAUAACUGUGUCCAGUAUGAAGGAAGUUAGAGGUAGUUUCGCAAGCGAAUGCUAACUAGUGUUAGUGCAAUGACUGGAAGUCUAUGGGGAUCUGCUAGCAUAAUCAAGUUCAUCUGACUCUGCGGAAGUAGAUGGAUGGGCUCAUUGCCAAAAUCCCAAAGUAUUCCUUUACGUUUUAUGGCUUGGAGUUAUGAUUAGGGUAAAAGGUAAUGUUUGGACUUGUGCUGAUCAAUCAUUAAUGUUGUUGCAGCCCAUAGAGUGGGAUUUGUUUGUUUAUUCUUCUUGUCAUCUCUCUUCUCUCUCAAACAAAACCAACCAUAUAAUAAUCAAUAAAGUUAAAUAUUGAAAAGAAUCUAAACUGUGAAUAUACUGUAUAGUAAUACAUCCUCUCCACUCUGUCCAUAUCACAUCAAGAUGGUGCUAUAAAUCCUGUAUUCAUCCAUAAUCUAAGGGGAAUAUGUAUCUGCAGGUUCAAUCAACCAAAGUAUAUUUAUCUUUUAUCAGUAGGGUCUUUCAAUCCCAUCUAAUGUUAGGAGGGAGAUCACCCUCUAACUUGGGUUUUGACCGCGGUUACAACUAUUUUCUUUGCACUGUAUCAAACUGGUUGAUAUUAUAAGUAGCUCUGUAAAGAUCAAAUCCACAUGAAAGUCUUAAUUUUAUAAUUCUCAUCGGUGCUGCAAGACUUUCUUUUAUUUUUUACAGUGCAUUACUACUACUACAAUGACACAAAGCAGCAACGAUGACAGGUGUAUAGUCAGAUGACACAGGUUUCUUAUACCGGGGAUGUGUCGGGACGUAUAUAUACUGUACCUCUUACCAGUGUGUUACUGUUGACCAGAUGUGGGCAACAGUAGGCAUAUUAUUUUGUGGACCAAUGUUUCUACAUUUGUACAAUUUUACAUGCCUGAGAUGAUGCUCUCUGAGAAUAAUAACGUUGAGCUUGCCAGACAAACAUGACAGAAGUAUUUUAAGUUGAUGUCAGAUGUCAGUACCUCUUUCCUCAGAGUUUCAAACCACUGGUGUAUUUUUUUCUUUCAUCCAUUUUCCCAAUUCUUUCAAACCAUCUCUGGGACAUUCACCUAUUUGAAAUCAGUGAUAAGCUGUUUGUCUGUCUCUGUCUCUCUCUCUCAUUAUAAACGUAUUUUGCAUAGA